AUGGAUGAGGGCACUGCCAGCGAGACCAGCCCAGAUCUGAAAGACAUAGAGGUGAAAAUCGGCCGGAAGACCCCCGAGGGCUUGCUCAGGUGGAUGCGGGAAGAGGCGUCCUCUCUCCGGGGAGACGCCAAGCUGCCCACCACGCACGACAACAUCAAGGAGACGGGGAAGAAGAGUUUGGAUGAAAAGAUCAGGAAACUGAAGAUGGAGAUGGCUCACUUGCGUUCGGUGGAUGUGAAGAUACUGCAGCAGUUGCUGGCUGUCCAUGAAGGCAUUGAAGCAGUAAAAUGGCUCCUGGAGGAGCGCAGCACGCUGACGAGCCGCUGCAGCAGCCUAACCAGCAGCCAGUACAGCCUGGGUGAGGGCCCCGACACCUCCUGGAGGGGCUCCUGGAGCAGCCUGCAGGACCCCAACGACAAGCUUGAUAACAUCUCCAUCGGCAGCUACCUGGACACCCUGGCGGAUGAUAUGGAUGAGUACUGCCCCUCCAGCUCAGAGUCGGUCAUCUGCUCCACCACGCCGCUGGUGUCAGAGGCUACCAUUGGGGGCCGGACAGGGGGAGGCCCCGGGUCUACGUUAACAGCAGCUGGGGUAGGUUUGAGGUCUGGUACUGGGAUUCGGCCAAAUGAAAAUGGAACUGGGGUUGGAAAUGGGAUGGAGGUGAAAAGUGGACCAGGAACUGGGGUUACCAGUGCUGUAACUGAGAAUGGAACUGGGAAACCUGCUUUUCCUGUGAGCUCCAACUCCUAUUCUGAAGGCCCCAAACAAGAUGCUCCAGUCUGGACGAAGGCUGCAGAGACAGGUAAAGGAAGCCCCGUUUGUAAGGACAAUACCCAGACACCAUCCAUCAAGGCUAAUGGUGUCAUGGAGAAACCAGUCACAACAGGCAGCCCAACUCGCGCCAGCCUCAACGAGAAACUGGGAAGUGGCCAGAGCCCCAAGCUUAAACCUUACAAAAACGGCAAGAUCGACUUGGAUACUUGCAAAAUGAACGGCAAAAUGCAUCUAGAGUAUGACGCUCAUUGGCGGUGGGUACAGUCACAAGAAGAUGUGACGUUCUUGUAAGAUGGAUAAUAACAGAAGGGACUUAAGCCACUAUUGAACACUCCCUCUGCAACAUCAAAGACCAGAUCACUGAAGGAGAGAAGGAGAAGAGUGAACUGCUGUUGUGAAAUGCACAUAGUGAGGCUUUCCUUGUGUUAGAGAGACACUGGGUUUAAAAGACAAAGAUUGACUUUUUUUGUCCUGUUGUUCCCUCCUGCACUAACUUUCUAUAAAACAUUGAUGUCAGUAUUAUAAGGUGGAUGCACAUUUCAGGAUAUGGACCAUAUUCAGCCAAACUGGGCUGCCUCACACAAACUUAGGAAAAUCAACUAUAAAAUCAUGUGUCAUAGUUUUUCUCAGGGUCUGUCUUUCUAUUCCCUGAUUUCUUUUCUUUUUUAAAGCACAGUGAGACGAUCUGCCGGAGAGCUGAAACAUGAUUUCAGGCUGCUUGACAUAGUACAUGAACCAAUGUAAAUUAGAAGAUUCUAAUAUAAUUUGACUUUCUCAUCCGGAAAAUAAUUCCCAAGAGCUACAAUUUCUCUUCUUACAAUCUGUAAAAACCAAGGGGCAUAACAAAGAUUUCUGACCUCUUAAGAACAUAAAUCUUCUUAAUUACUUCAUACGUCCUGUGGUGGACCUUUAACUACAAGACUAACAGAACUAAUAGGCUACGUUCAGACUACAGGCCAAUCCGAUUUGCUUCUCAAAUCAGAUCUUAGGGUCAGAACAUCUUCACUUUUAUUUUCAAGUGAUCAGAUCUUACUUGUGUGUCCAGACCCUAGACUGUAUAAAGAAUGGACGCUGCGACUCCACUUCCUCUCACUGUACAACAGUGAAGCCAAAAUAAACAGGCGAAAUGGUGUUUCUGAUCAAACAAUUACAGCUGUCAAUCAUUACAUUACACCCCCAUUUAUACAAUCAAAUAACUUAAGACCAAACAUACAACAAAAACACAAAAAUGUUUGUGACCUCUUCUCUGAGGUUUUAGCUUUGCUCAUGUCCCUUCACUCACAUGGAGUGACGGGAUUUAUAACCUAUAUGGCAGUCUGCCACCAGGGGGAGCUGCAGAUGUCUUGGCCUCGCCUGUGGUGAGCUUUCAUGUCGUCCAUCUUCAUACACAGUCUACGGUCCAGACCAUAGCCUUUAUCUGCAUGGGUUUGCGGUGACAACGGUAAACUAGCCAGCUGCUAACAAAUCAAUACUUAAUUCAAACAUUCUUGCCACAGUGUACGAAAGUCCAUUUAUAGCGCCAGAUGAGUGACAACUUUGUUCUGCUCAUCUUCUGUAAUCACUGUAGAAUGAAAGCAUGGCGGAAUUAGCAAGCUAGCUAGCAAGCUGUGCAGCCAGAGCGUCCAGACUGAGACGCAUCUGCCAAACCACCUCCAAAAGUGGUUUGGAUCCAAAAAUCAAUCUUGAUGCAAUCUAAAUAUGCCAAAAAAAAUGGAUUAGGGCUGGCAGUCUGAACAAUGCCAUAGCGACAACUGUACUGCAUUUAAGUUAGUAAAAGACCAAAGUUUUCCUCUGUCAGCCUAUUAUGUUUGAGUCAGGAAUUAACUUUAAUAUAUAAAACUAUUGUCUUGGACUGUAUAACUGAACAUUUGAUGGUUAUAAACAGUGUUACGUGAUAAAAUAUUAACAGAACAUAAAUAUUAAAUACCUUUUGAUACAAUUUGUGAGCUUGUUUCUCCCCUGAACUCUUAGCUGCCUGAACUAAAAGUAGAAGGUAUUAAAAUAGAAGACAGAGGUUAGUAAAAUUUUCCCCUUAUUGAGGAAUGAUGUACCCACUGUUAGCAUUUGUGUCUUUGUGGAGCUAAAUACCUUCAGUGCUUAACCAACCAUCUGCAAUAUUGUAUAUUCUCUGAAUCCGGUACAGCUACUCUGUGCAUCAGGUACUAGUCGUGACUGGUUGAUGGCAAAUACUGAAUAUGGCUGAAUAUUUUUUUUCUUUUAACCAUUAUGGUAACCUGUGUAUGUUUUUCUAAGCAGAUGUUGUGCCUGAUUGGUGUAAACCUUAACUACAUAUGCCUGUACUUUCCUUCCUGAGAUGAAUGCACUGCUGUUAUGAUAAUCUGAGUUUUUUUAACUCAUAUUUUUAUUAUUUUUGCCUCCUCCCGGCCUCUUGCUUGCGUGUACAAAUGGCUAGACCAACAGUUUGUGUGUCCUCGCCAUGUGGCGACAAGUGUCGACUGGUAACUUUGUAAUGUUGCCUGGUUGGAAAUUGCAUGCCCUGUGCUGAGAACUUUAUUGGUUAAAUCAUGAAAAAUUUGUGGAAGACCUAAAGCAAUCAGAGGAGAAAAGCAAUAUUUCUUGAAGCCUUUCUAGUGGCUUACAUAAGCAGCCUCUUCUCAACAAAUCAAAUAUUAUUGUCUGUUCCCGAGGACUUUCCAAGACUACUGACGGGAAGAGGUU